AUGGACUUAUUACGGUGGCUGUUUGUGACGGCCGCAAUAAUUGCAACUAACCGUAGGCCGUCUGUUACUCAUCUCACCAAUACACCCACCUUCAUCACUAUCAAGGCCCCAAGAGACAUAUCUCAAGCACCAACCCAAAACACUGCUUUCAAAGCUCUUCUUGGCCAAAUCAAGAUCCACCCCCGCUAUCAAGACGAACGGACACAAACUUUGAUCAAGCUCACAAUCCGUGUCAUUAUACUCGCUGGACUCUACGAGUGGUUGCGCACAUUCAAGACACCUUACAACAAUGCACCAUUCACUGGCCGAGACUAUGUGGAGUUAUGGCGCCCAGCUACUAUGGGCUGCUUUUUUCGAGGUGGCAUGUACAAUUGUUGA